CUUGCGUGGCCGAACGGAUACAUCAGAAUCUUAAAAGUUAUUACUAUUGAACAAUUUCUGAAUGCUUUACCAUCUGUUCGAAUCUCGCUUCAUUUCUUCCCUUCCCCUAAGCCGAUAACCGUUUCAUGUCUGCUACUAGCGACGAGCUCGUCCGUUUUUUCCCUUCGGCCACCCAUGAAGCGCUCCCUAUCUCCAUCCGCAUUCUCUCAACCUUGCGAAAUCUCACUGGGCCUGGGAAAGGCAAUGAGUUGAAAUCAGAAGAGAGAGCAGCUUUGGUAGGAGUUGCGGCUGUGUUGGCAUGUGAGCAAAUACAGUCAAAAGACUUGCCAGAGCAGUCGGCGCAAAAAGCAAGCUCUGUCAGCGCUUCCCAUUUUCGUUCUGCUCUUAGCCUGUCUCGUAGACUCUUAUCUCAGCAAGCAUCGAUGUCACCUCAAGACUCGAGGAAUAAGCGAGGAGAUUCCGAAGACGCUGCGAGUUUGUCCUCAGGAGGAGGUUUAACGACACAGGAAGUUCUGGCUCUGGUUACUCCCAAGACGAAGAGAUACUCAGACUUCUCUCUGUCAGAAAGUCUAGCUAAUAGGCCAGUGAGAGGAAGUCCAUUAAGACAAAGCGUUGCCCGUGUAGCUUCCAGUGCUCCUAAAGGACAAUUGGGACCAGAAGUUACACCGGGACGCUCCGAAACCGCUUCCACAAACCAUAACACAGAGCUUACCCCGACAAAAAGUGCAAAAUUCGUGAAUCCCCGAGGAAUUAAUCUUGAGCACCCGCAAAGUUCUUCUAUCCCACACGGCAAGAGAAAACGUAACGAGGAUGCCUCCCCCUUCUUCGCUCUACGUCCUGCUAUGUCUUCUGCUGCUUACCCAUCACGCUCAGCGACAGAGACGAACAGGGUUAAAGGAAUGGACACGGAGGACGGACAAAACUCAUCAUGGUUACGCCGCCUACCCGAGCCGCAGAUUUCCAAAGUACAGCAACAAAGAACAAAUGCAAAGAGAAGAAGGAACAAGAGGGAUUGGACGUUUAGCGAGCACUGUGAAGAGUGGAAAGAAGGAAAAGUAUCCGUUGACGAAAUAAUGAUUGAGUUGUCAGAUUGGAUGAAGAAGCAAGAGACAAAUUCAGGUGGUUGACAGCAUGCAAGAACGGUCAUUAGACACAUGCAUAGUCACUACAAUGCGAUCUACUAUCGAGCUACAAAGGCUUGCUAAGUAUCACAUAGUCCACUUCCUCACCAUUUUCUGGCUCUUCUUCCGACAUCCGAGUUGGGUCAAUCUCAUCGGCUUCAAAUCCUUGACGCCUAUAGAAGGACAGCGCGGAAGCAUUGUCUUCAUAGCUUUGUCAGUUGAUCAUGAGAGUAAUGAGCGUGACACAUUUAUUACCACAUACUUUUGAGGCAUGUCAACAUGAUCUUC